CCAUAUUCUCUUCUGUUUCUUCUCCAUCUCUGAUCACCCUUUUCCACAUUGUUUUACAGAGGAUAUUUCAAGCUUCAAGGGGAGACGUACCUUAUUGAACCCUUGAAGCUUCCCGACAGUGAAGCCCAUGCAGUCUACAAAUAUGAAAAUAUAGAAAAAGAGGACGAGGCCCCCAAAAUGUGUGGAGUAACCCAGAAUUGGGAAUCAGAUGAGUCCAUCAAAAAGGCCUCUCAGUUAUAUCUUACUCCUGCACAACAAAGAUUCCCCCAAAGAUACGUUAAGCUUGCAAUAGUUGCGGACCACGGAAUGGUCACAAAAUACAAAGGCGAUUCAAAAAAGAUAACAGUACGGGUACAUGAAAUGGUCAACCACGUAACUGAGAUGUACAAACCUCUGAACAUUGCUACAACACUGAGUCUCCUACGAAUUUGGUCCAACAAAGAUUUGAUUACCGUGCAGUCAGAUUCAGAGGUUACUUUGGGCUCAUUUGGAGACUGGAGAAAGACAGUCUUGCUGAAGCAGCAAAGUCAUGAUUGUGCUCAUUUACUCACGGCCACUAAGCUCGAUGAUAACACUAUAGGAUUGGCUUACAAUAACGGCAUGUGCGACCCGAAGUUUUCUGUAGGACUUGUUCAGGAUCAUAGCUCAAACGUUUUCAUGGUUGCAGUUACAAUGACCCAUGAGCUCGGUCAUAAUCUGGGCAUGGAACACGAUGAAGAUAAAAAUGGAAAGAAGUGUAAAUGUGACACAUGCAUUAUGUCUCCCGUGAUAAGCGAUAAACCAUCCAAACUGUUCAGCGAUUGUAGUAAGAAUGAUUAUCAGACGUUUCUUACUAAGGUUAACCCACAAUGCAUUCUCAAUGCACCCUUGAGAACAGAUACUGUUUCAACUCCAGUUUCUGGAAAUGAACUUUUGUAGGCGGGAGAAGAUUGUGACUGUGGCUCUCCUUCAGUAAGUCUUUUUUUUUUUUUAAUCAACAAGAAUACG